AUAGCGGCUCCUCUCAGCGACAUUGAGGCUCACCCCACGGACCCCGCUUCGCCGGACCACCCCCAGCAACUACGUCACCGAAUUUGCCCACUGAGCUGGUUGCCUACCGAAUCUACAAAACACCACAACUAAAAGCAUUUGGGAUCUCUUGAUCUGACUGUCAUGUCCGCACGCGGUGUCAGAACUACCGAGUUCGAGGAGCGGGACUAUUACCCCGCUCCUCGUCGCUCUGCCCCCGAUCUGACCGAUGAGGUCGACUACCGUCGCCGCACUGUCACUAUCGACCCUCCCAGCAGAGAAGAGCGCGCUCCGGCCUUCCUGCGAGGCGAAGGUCGUCGGCCUGAAGCAGGCCCCAUGGUCCUUCGUCAAAGACAAGUUGAGACCAUCGACCGCCACCAUCCCAGAAGCCCCAGCCCUGUUCGCGUGCGAGAGGAGCGUAUCAUUCGGAGGCCCCGGAGCGUCUCCCCAAGCAGCCAUGACCACGAGCACGAGCGUUCUCGCACAAGAGUGGUUGAGCGCGAACGUGUUAGAGAGCCCUCUCGGAAGCGAUCUCCCUCACCACGUGUUGUGAGAUACGUCGCACCGCCCCGACGGUCGCCCUCUCCAGAGGAUCAUGACAUUGACAUUGAGCGCGAGCGCAUUCGCACGCGUAUCGUGGAGCGCGAGAAGGUGCCUUCGCCUCCCCCGAGGCGCGAGCCCACUCCCUCUCCUCCUCCUCCGCAAGUUAUUCGCGGACCAACCAUUGAAAGAGAAGUUAUCACACAUUGGCGAGACAUUGAUCAUGGUGUCAUCAAGGCCAGGCCUCCAACUCCUCCUCCUCCUCCGCCUCGCGCACCUUCGCGGGUGAGGGAGCGUGAGACAGAUAUUGAUAUUUCCUUGACCAAGAACAAGACUGAAGUUGAUAUCUCGCGGACGACUCGCACUCGAUCCAAGAGUCGCGAGAGACGCUCCCACUACCACGAUGACGACUUGGUGAUUCGACGAGACACCGAGCGUGUCAGGUGGGAUGACCAGCCCAAUCGACGCCGAGCCCACUCGGCAGCCCCCACGCCUAAUGCCGUUGACGAAGAAGGAGAUUAUAUUACAUCCAAGGUCGACUCACGUGGCCGUAUGGGUGAAGCCUGGGGAGGUGCCACUAAGGACUGGGCCAUUGUGGAUGUUCCCCCUGGCACCGAGCGCAUUCGCAUGGAUGGCGUCGGCGGUGGAAGCACCGACACCUCUUGGAGUAGAUACAGUGGUGUUCGAAGGACCCAGUUCAUCCCCGAGAGAGAUGGUGCCCCGGCACCGGCACCGAGGGAUCCUUCUCCCCCGCCCAGCCGUGACCGCGUGAACGUCUCGGUCUAUGACCGUGAGAGGGAAAUUGAUAUCGAAAAGGUCACGGAUCGGCGAGUUUCGCGACCUGCCCCACCGCCCAAGGAUAUGUGGACUGAGAUCACCAAGGAUCUCGUAGUGCGGGAGGCGAUCGAGGAGCUGGGCUACGACUAUGAGGAGACGAACCAGUUCUUUUAUAUCAUGGACUACCUGCGAUAUGAUGACGUUCUUCACCUGGUUGACAUUUCGGACGAGAUCCGCCGAGCCCGAAAGCAGCGCACCCGCGAGCUCGAGUGGGAGCGAGAAUACCAGGAAGAUUGGGAGCGCAGCCGUCACCGUCACCCGGGAUCCCGGUGGGACGAGAUCGUGGAGCGUGACCUAGUGUAUGAGGGUCGACCGCCGCCUCGUGGCUACAUCCGAUAAACGGAUUGCAGAAGCAUGUUUGCCUCAGUUUCCGAAGCUUGAUAUGUUGGCGUUAUCGGGCAGGAAGACCAUACGAUGAUACGUUGCAAGCUAGAGAGAGGACAGCAGCCCUUGUCGGAUUACGAAUACCUUGUUGGAGACUCUUGGACUACAGGACAUUGGACCAUGUUUGAAGCUUGCUUAAGGAUGACGUGGUGAGCGUUGUGGACUCUGGGUGACCAAUUCGGCGACUUGAGAUUUGAAUCCGUGUCCUCUGGGUUACAGAGGAUGUACGGAGUAUGAAUAAUGAACGGGUCAAUAUGGCGCGAGAUGAGCUUGGAUGGGAUGGGAUUGGUUUGGAUGUUUGUAGAUGCUUUGCUAAAGUCGUUCUAAGGACGAUGACAAUCAAUCACGAGUUAUGACAAGAAAGACAAAUGAACGAAGUGCAAC